GGGAAGGAGGGCGGGCCGGGGAGGAGGGAUGCGGUUCGGCGGAGGCGGCCGCCACAGGGACUCGCCGCCAUCACCCCCGCCGUCGCAGCCUCGGGCUCCCGGGCAGCCACCUCAGCUCAAGAGGAGCCGCCUCCGGGACUGCCCGCCGCCGCCCCUCACGUCCGGGUAAAGUACUCAACUUUGUAGGAUAGUGCAUAGACACUAAAAGACUGUAAUAAAGUGGCAAUGUCUCUGGAACCCACGCCACCUCUACCUGGAGAUAUGUCUAUUGGCCCUAUAGCAGAAAGCUGGUGUUAUACACAGGUUAAAGUUGUAAAAUUUUCCUACAUGUGGACGAUUAAUAAUUUCAGUUUUUGUCGAGAGGAAAUGGGUGAGGUGUUAAAAAGUUCAACAUUUUCAUCUGGCCCAAAUGACAAAAUGAAAUGGUGCCUGAGGGUAAACCCAAAGGGAUUAGAUGAUGAAAGUAAAGACUACUUGUCCUUAUAUUUGCUUUUAGUCAGCUGCCCCAAAAGUGAAGUUCGAGCAAAAUUCAAAUUUUCCCUUCUGAAUGCUAAAAGGGAAGAAACAAAAGCAAUGGAAAGCCAAAGAGCAUAUCGAUUUGUGCAAGGGAAGGACUGGGGUUUUAAAAAAUUCAUUAGAAGGGAUUUUUUGCUUGAUGAAGCUAAUGGUCUUUUACCAGAUGACAAGCUUACAUUGUUUUGUGAGGUAAUUGAACAGAUCCAGUUCCUUCUGUAUAGAAGUUUCAAGAGCAGUGCUCAUUAUGAACAAGUAAAUAAGGUGAGUGUGGUCCAAGAUUCAGUAAACAUAUCAGGACAUACUAAUACAAACACGUUGAAGGUGCCUGAAUGUCGACUAGCGGAAGAUUUAGGUAAUCUCUGGGAAAACACAAGAUUUACAGAUUGCAGUUUUUUUGUGAGAGGACAAGAAUUUAAAGCUCAUAAAUCUGUGCUUGCAGCUCGAUCUCCAGUUUUUAAUGCAAUGUUUGAACAUGAAAUGGAAGAAAGCAAAAAGAAUCGAGUGGAAAUAAAUGAUUUAGACCCUGAGGUUUUUAAAGAAAUGAUGAGAUUCAUUUACACAGGGAAAGCACCAAACCUUGACAAAAUGGCUGACAACUUGUUGGCAGCUGCAGACAAAUAUGCACUGGAACGGCUGAAGGUCAUGUGCGAAGAAGCUUUGUGUAGUAACCUCUCAGUAGAAAAUGUUGCUGAUACCCUUGUCCUUGCAGAUUUGCACAGUGCAGAACAGUUGAAAGCACAAGCCAUAGACUUUAUUAAUAGGUGCAGUGUACUUCGACAACUUGGGUGUAAAGAUGGGAAAAACUGGAACAGCAACCAAGCAACCGACAUAAUGGAAACAUCAGGGUGGAAAUCCAUGAUUCAGUCUCACCCUCACUUAGUAGCAGAAGCCUUCCGAGCACUAGCAUCUGCACAGUGUCCACAAUUUGGCAUUCCUCGCAAACGGCUAAAACAGUCCUGAAAUCUUCCGUGAACAGUAGAAAAAUGGAAUUGACUUUUACUCCUCCAGGUCCAGAAGGAUUCUAAUACACAAACCAUAAGCAAGAGUUGUUUCUGUUAUCUCGUCCACAGAACAGAAUCUGAAAAAGCAUAUUGCUUGCAUUUCAGGUGGAUAAUUUAUGGUUUAUUCUUCAGCUUUAAAUUAGACUGAUUAAUUCACUUCAAGGCCUUAAAUUAUCUUCAAUAACUUCUCUUGUUCAUAGAAUACUUUAAUUUUUUUAUUGUGCCUUGUCAUUUUGACCAAGGCUAUGCAGGAUUGCACUAGCUCCAUAAUGCAGUAAUAUUGAUAACUGAAGAUAUUAAGUUUCGAAAGGAUCUUCCAUUAUUUUGAGGAAAGAAAAAUGAAUUUUAUAGGGUUUGUCCUAUGCUAUCUCAAAGUUUAAAACUAGGUUCUUUUUAAAAGCACUCGUAUUGGAGGUUACCAGUAAUAUCUCCUGUCUAAGUUCUAUAAAUAUAGGAGAACCUGCUUACCUUCAAGGUAAGUUAUGGCAAUACACUGCUUCAAUUCUUAUUUAUUUUUCAUUUCAGGGGGCAAAUAUGCAAUGAGUUGGCCCAGAUUUUUAGUAAAAUUCAUGAUGUUUGUCUGUAUGUUAACUGUCCAACAAACUAGGUUUAUCCAAGUUUACAAUGAUUGAAAUCUUAAUUUUAAUCAGUUUUCGACAAGAAGAAAGCAUGUUUUGUGCUGAAGUAAUUUUUUUUAAAUUUAUAGUUACCUGCAUAUACAUGAAGAUUUACAGAAGUACAUAUUAAAAGUAAGGAUGACCAAAUGUAAAUUUAAUGAGUGGGCCAAUUGAGGAAAGAUAUAUAUGCACUUUUAAUGUGUAAUUUUUGUAUGCUGAAUGGUACAUAUAUUUUUUUGCUUUUGAGGGAAUUAAUAAGGUAUAAUUAAUUGUGUCUUAACUUUUGAAAGCAUUUUUUAAGACAUGGAGGCAACUGGGAUGCUUGUGAUAAUAGAUAAGAAAGAUAUCCUUGAUUAUAGUUAAAUUGGUUUGGAUUUCAGAUAUUCAUUAUUGACUUUACUCCUGUUUUAUUACACUUUGGAAAUGACACCUGAACAAUAAAUUAAUCCUGGACAGUCUA